UCGGCUCUUCGUUGCCACGAAGAAAAAAAAACGCUUAAUAAUUAAAGUUUAGUCUAUAGGUAUAGUUAUAGGGUAGUCACAUUUGCUUUGUCGCCGUUGUUCGGUCGAUGUGGACACGUCGGAUGAUAAAAAUUAAAAAGAAAAGUAGGUGUUUAACGUGUUCAAUACAAGAAGCAAUAUAUUUGGGUUACGGUUUACCAAUUGAAUACAUCAACGUCGUCUGCAGGAGAAGCAAUUAAAACUGGUCGUCCGUCCGGGGAUAGACCGACCGCAGAAAAAUUAGGCGUGUCGUGUUCGUAGGUGUUGCCUGUUGACGUGUUGACCGAAUCAAGAGGUGAGGAUGACUCGCGAGAGUGAGGCUACGGACCAGGAAGCUCAGCCUCAGGAUGCGGCGGACUCAAACAACGGGGAGCUUGUGCCCGUUGAAAGUGAACAGAAUGUCGAGAAUCAGGAAGGGGAGCAAAGACAAGGGCCACAAAAAGACAGCUUUGCCCAGUCAUUUUUUGCCACCACUAAAACCUUGAUCAUCAGGGCUUUGAUCAUUUAUUUCAUCAGUUCUUUCUUUAGAAGACCAGCUGCACCAACCACGCAAAGCAAUGGGAGUCGGGCCACAGCACCAAAUUCUGCUUUUAAUCUUUUUGCCAAUGGCACAGCAUUUGAUUUGCAUGUUUACUUAUCUGAGUCUGAAAUUUUCAAUGAUUUCAACAAUUCUAAUGCAAAAAUAUGGGCAGAAUAUGGUUUGAUUUACGGUGAUUGGUACAGUGGACUUGAUGGUGAUGGAAGCAGGGUUUGGAUUCACAAAUUUACACCCUCUUCCAACUUACUGAACAAUGGCUCGAUAUAUUUGCACGUUUACAUCACAAUGAAUGGCCAAUCACCAUAUGCCUCGUCUGAUAAAAAUUUACAUUCCAAGGAUAUGCUUGUUUACACUAAAAAAAUACUUAAUAAGUUUAAGAAAAUUAGAUACCAAAAAACACAUAAUUUAUUGACUGGACAAACUGAAGCAAGUGAAGAAGAGAUUAAGAAAGCUGAAAUAAUGGACCAAGAAAUUGUGUCACACUGGCAUCCAAACUUGACUAUAAAUUUGGUUACUGAUCAAACAAACUGGGUACAAGGCCAAGUACCUUCACCCUUGGAUGAAUAUAUUGAAUUUUCAUCCAAUGGUAAAUUUUACAAACCUAUUAUUUUCAUGAACGACUUUUGGAAUAUGCAAAGAGACUAUCAACCUUUGAAUAAUACUAUAACGGAACUUGAAUUGAGAUUAACUUAUCAACCUCUUUCAUUGUUUAAGUGGCAAUUAUUUGCUGCUCACACAAUGAGAAAUAAAUGGACUGUCCAAUCUAUUCUUGGUGAUACGUCAGAAGAGGAUAAUAAUGAUCAAGACACAUUAAAGGAAAUGUUAUUGGAAACAAAUCCUUACUUACUUGGCAUGACCAUAGUUGUUUCUAUAUUUCACAGCGUUUUCGAAUUUUUAGCAUUUAAGAAUGACAUUCAAUUUUGGAAUAACCGCAAAUCCUUGGAGGGUCUUUCAGUAGGAUCAGUUUUCUUUAAUGUUUUCCAAUCGCUCAUUGUUCUCCUCUAUGUGCUAGAUAAUGAAACAAACACAUUAGUACGUAUAAGCUGCGGCAUUGGUAUGGCCAUUGAGGUGUGGAAGAUCAACAAGGUCGUAGACAUAAAACUCGAUCGCACACGACGCAUCCUUGGUUUUCCCCGACUGACCUUUAAAGACAAAAGCUCGUACGUCGAAUCCUCGACAAAAGAGUACGACAGACUGGCCUUCAAGUAUCUAUCAUGGGCUCUGUUCCCACUUCUUGGUGGUUAUGCCGUCUAUUCGCUCAUGUACCUCGAACACAGGGGCUGGUAUACGUGGGUGCUUAGUAUGCUUUAUGGCUUCCUCCUUACCUUUGGCUUCAUUGCCAUGACACCCCAGCUGUUCAUCAACUACAAGCUUAAGAGUGUGGCUCACAUGCCCUGGCGUAUGAUGUCCUACAAGUUCUUGAACACCUUCAUUGAUGACAUCUUUGCCUUCAUAAUCAAGAUGCCAACUCUGUACAGGCUUGGCUGCUUCCGCGAUGAUAUUGUCUUCUUUAUCUUUUUGUAUCAACGUUGGAUCUACAAGAUUGAUCACAAGAGAGUCAACGAGUUUGGGUUCAGUGGUGAAAUGGAAGCUCAAUUAAAGGACGAAAAAAAUAAAAAAGCCAUAGAGGGCACGGACACUGUGAGCAAUAAGGAGGACAAAAAGACGCAAUAAUGGUGAUGUCCUUCGUUCUUAAGAGUGCAUAGUAAUGAUUGUGUCAAAUGAUCAAGUUCCAUGUUGUGUGCAUGCGCGUUAGAGAGGCUGUGCUCAUAAAUUAAAUGUGUGUACGUGAUUUUACCAAGCUAUGGAAUUGAACUGUGUCUGAGAUGCGAUUAAAAGGAAAACUUAAAAAAAAAAAAA